AUGAAUGUGGUCUUGGCGGACUGCGAAGAGUUUCGAAAGAUCAAGUGGCGUUGUCCUGUUAAAGUGGUCAUGGCGGAGGAAACGAAGGCGUCGGAGUUGACGGAAGAGCAGUGCCGACGCGUCUUAGAAGAUCGACAGAAAGAACAUCAGCAAAUAUGUAAUCAGGCGCUGGCGCAAGCACGUAGCACCUGUGCCAAGUUGAGCGAGGCCCAAAGUGAUUUGGACCAUGGCAGGUUGACUUGCCGCGAGAAUUGCCCUGAUGAAGUUCAUCGGCUUUUCUCUAUUCCUAGCACUACAGUGGAGAUUCAGGAUCUGAUCUUCAACGAGACCCCGCUCGUGGUGCGAACCUGCGGGCCACACCGCUUUAAGACGGGGCAGAUCGUGCUUCUCACCGGGAUCAAAGCGAAGACUGGCGCUCCAUCGCAGCUUCAGGCCCUGGUAGAAGGCUUGAGUCGUGGCGAUCAGGCCAUGGCGUGGGUCGACGAUUGCCGUUUCGCCUUGUGCUCCGUGUCCCAGUUGCCCUGCAGCGAAGAAACGGCGCGGGACUAUAUCGACUUCUCCGGGGCGCAGGUGGCCCUGAGCGUUUCCACCUGGGCCCUCCGAAAGGGCUCCGUCACUCUCUCGGUCUUGCUGAGCCUUUCCAACGCCGCCUCAUCCUCGGGGCUAGGACAUGUUGCUGGCAAGGGCUGGGCUGGUCUCUGUGUCAUUGGUGAUAGCCUUCGGAGCGUCGUAGACACCACCGCCAGCCAUGUGGAACAGCGACAGCAGACUCUGGCACCUGGGAGGUGGGCGGACGGCCUGUCUUGGAUACAGGGUGGUUUAAGAAGCGCCAGUGACUUAAGGGCUCCCGACGUGCCACAGGCCUUGACCAAUUUCUGGGGCCGCUGUGUGGAAUUGGCCCAGCCCGCCUCGUGGAACGCCUCGCUGAAUGCUGAGUCCUGUGAGGAAUGCAUUCAGCCCUUCGGGGGUGGUCUUGGAUCCAAGAACGACUCCUCGAAGCACCACUGUCGCCACUGUGGUAGGGUGAUCUGCGACGCCUGCUCGAAGGACCGAUUGUGCGUUCCUUGGGAAGGCCAUUCCAAGGCCGUGCGAGUUUGUAAGGCCUGCAAGGAAGUGGUGGAGGUCAGGAACCAUGCUUUGCAAGUGUACGACACCUUGUCAGAGCGGAUCCGUUUAGUGCGAACGGGCCACAUCUUGCAGCCAAAGAAGGGCGCGGGAAAGGGACCGCCUUUACCAAAAGGAAAGGGCAAGGGCAAAGGGAAGGCCAAGGAAGCCUCGGGCCUUGGAGCACUCGCCUCAGAUGUGAAACCCGGCCUCGGUGACUGGGUGGAUCUGGAAAGACCCGACAUCAAAUUCACCAGGUCAAAAAUGCCACCACCGUCGCAAAAUGCGCACAACAAAGAAGCUCUUUUCCUCAGGGUGGCAAUGCAAGGAUGCAAACAUCACCUGGCAGAGAUCGAAGAUGCGCUGAGAAAUGUCACGCUGGAGGGUGCGAAGAACGUGGACAGUUGGUUUGAAGCGGUGGAUCAGAUCAUGCCUCUGGAAGACAAGUUCUCCUCCUCGUUCUUGGAAUGUUUGAAGGAUGUUCCAGAGGAUGACCUGGGAGAAGUGACCCAAGACCAGCGUCACUUGCGCCGACUCUUCGUGGGUGUUCGCUCGUCGCUUCAGCUUCGCUGGCGAGCCUUGCGCCUGCUCCACGAGCUGGCGAAUCCCCAGGAGUCGUACUGGAAACCCAUCUUUGCCGCGCAACGUGCCAUCGACAUGACGCUGGACUCGAGCGGCUCCUCCUCCUCCUCCUCCUCCACGGACUCGACGGUCUCCACGGUAGACUCGUGUGGAUCUCCCUCCGAAAAUUCACCACAACUCCGGGAAGAGGUGAAGAAUCUGGUGGCUCUGCUCUUUCAACUCUCAGGAGGCAAGUACGAGAAACUGCCUGAAUUGGCCGAUCGCACCCAGGUGGGGAAGACUGGUUUGCAGCUCUUUAGCAGGGCCUGGGAAACAGGAAUGACGCAGAAGCUAUGCAACAUGAAAACCUUGGUGGAGACCUUGCGCCCGGUCUUGGAGGACGAGGGUCUGGGAUGUUUGCACGUUGCCUUGGGCGAUUUCCAGGCGAAAAACCAGGAGCUGCGGCAGCUCGGAAUUAUGAAGGAAGUGGAACAAGGUCUGCUGGAAGUCCUGGAGGGUGGGAAGUUGUUGCUGUCCGCUUUCGGAGUGAAAUGUUCUGAGGGCUGCCCUGCAAGGGCGCUGGCGAUUGACGUUGAUUUGCACCUCGAGAGUUUGAGGGUGUUAUUGGAUGGCCUACAGAAAGCCGACCCAACUCCAGUGGCUCCGGUUGCCCCAAGGAGGGCCAAAGUGGAAAGAAGCUGCGGUCAAAAUCCUGUCCCUCGAAGUGGGAAGGGAAAGCCAACGAGAUGGAGGAGACCGCCCAAAAGCAAGCAGGCAAACGCCCCUCCUCAGGCACCAUCCGGGGAAAACCACGAUGAGUCGGAUGAGACCCACGACGAGGCAGAGGUGACCCAGGUGGACAGCCACGAGGCCCAAAAAAAAACACCGCAGCCACCAGCGCCUGCCACUGGCGCCGAGCUACCUGACACCCACAAGGUGGAUGUGGCUGCCCAGAACUGA